CGCCUUGCCAGCAACCAAGGCGCCAAAGGCGGGGGGGAGGAGGGGGGAAAAAGGGGAAAGUUGGGGGGGGCCAAGGGGGGGAAGACGGUGCGAACGGCGCGGCCGCCAUCUUGUUUGUGCCCCCGCUCCGCGCUCUCUCCGUUCUCCGUCACUCACACACAACCCCCCCCAACCCCGAACCGGACUCCUCCAAGGCGCCGGGAAUUGGCGGCAGUCCGAGCCCUCUUCCCGAGCAGCCAGAGGCGCGGCGGUUGCGGAUUCUGGCAAGUGUGUUGUUAACUGACAAGCAAGAGAGCCUUGGAGUUGUGGGGUCUGUUCUAACUCCUUCGACCAGAAGUCCAGGACUUUACGGGGAAGUUGAAGGUGAAAGAGGGAACAUCCGGAGAGGCCUAGACAAAGCAGCCUACGGGGGCCCAAAACUUUGGAUGGGGAAGCUGAUGACGCUGAGGCUCAGAGAGAUUAAGUGACUUCCCCAAGGUCACACAACAGUUGCCUAGAAUGCUGUCUGUGGUCUUCUGCUGCCACAACAAUUCCCUAUUGUUUCUUGGUGAUCUAAACCUUGAGCUCCUUUGGGAUUCUGAUACUUCACUUGUUGGUGUUGGCUUGGUGCCACUCAGCAAGAUUCAAGUUGACAAGGAACUGGGAAGUGGUUAUAGUUACCAGAAUGUCCACUGAUGGAGGGUUUGGCAGUACCAGCAGCAGUGAUGCUCAGCAGAGCCUACAGUCCUUCUGGCCUCGUGUCAUGGAAGAAAUCCGAAAUUUGACAGUGAAAGAUUUCCGUGUGCAGGAGCUUCCACUAGCUCGUAUUAAGAAGAUCAUGAAAUUGGAUGAAGAUGUAAAGAUGAUAAGUGCUGAAGCCCCUGUGCUUUUCGCCAAGGCUGCCCAGAUAUUCAUCACUGAGCUGACAUUACGGGCCUGGAUCCACACAGAAGACAACAAACGACGGACGCUCCAGAGAAAUGACAUUGCCAUGGCGAUUACAAAAUUUGAUCAAUUCGACUUUCUCAUCGAUAUUGUUCCAAGAGAUGAACUAAAACCUCCUAAACGGCAGGAGGAGGUACGCCAAUCUGUGACUCCUGCGGAGCCCGUCCAGUACUACUUCACUCUGGCCCAGCAGCCUGCAGCUGUCCAGGUCCAGGGCCAGCAGACUGGCCAGCAGACCACCACCUCCACAACCACCAUCCAGUCAGGACAGAUCAUCAUCGCCCAACCUCAGCAGGGCCAGACCACCCCUGUGACGAUGCAGGUUGGAGAAGGUCAGCAGGUGCAGAUUGUCCAGGCCCAGCCCCAGGGCCAGACCCAGCAGGCACCAAGCAGCACAGGACAGACCAUGCAGGUGAUGCAACAGAUCAUCACCAACACAGGGGAAAUCCAGCAAAUUCCGGUGCAGUUAAAUGCCGGCCAGCUUCAGUAUAUCCGCUUAGCACAGCCUGUAUCAGGCACCCAGGUUGUUCAGGGACAGAUCCAGACUCUUGCGGCUAGUGCACAGCAGAUUACCCAGACAGAGGUCCAGCAAGGACAGCAGCAGUUUAGCCAGUUCACAGACGGACAGCAGCUGUACCAGAUCCAGCAGGUCACCAUGCCAGCGGGCCAGGACCUUGCGCAGCCCAUGUUCAUCCAGUCGGCUAACCAGGCCUCUGACGGGCAGACCCCUCAGGUGACGGGCGACUGAGCCCGGCUGGGGCCUCGCCCGGCACAGCCAGUGCACAGGGCCACACAGACUCCAUUUCUGCCACUGUGGCCUGGCUCGAGUGUCCCACCACCCACAGAGCCUCCCGCAGGCAAAGACACUGGUGCACAUAGCCCGCACUGAGGGCUAGCAAAUCGCCAACUGAAAGAUGCAAUAUUUUUUCAUUUCCUUUUUGUCUUUUUGUUUUUGUUUUUUAAAGGAAUCAAUAUUUCAAUAUGUUGAGCUGUAUGUCCAAUGCUAUUGAAAUGGGAAAAUAUUCCAUGAUAACAUAUUUAUAGCAUUUCCUGAGGAAUGUGGCUGCCAAAGUCUGCCAUCCUCAUGCCCCUUCCUCCUAAGAGCAGCUCUCCAGGCAUGGGAGUAGCCAAUAGGCUCCCAUAACAGCUGCCUUAACCUUUACUUGCCACCUCUGGCCAAUGCACCCACUCCCCGAGGUCACCGGGUGGCUGGUCUGUUCUUCCCUGCCCCUAUCCAGAGCUAAGCAUCUGCCUCUGGAAGCUGCAGAAACAGUCCUCAUGUUCAAAGAUGAACUUGCCUCCAGGCACAGUGUCUAGUUUCUUCUGGAACCCCCUCUGUCCCAAGGAAACUGGGGCUUGCUUUUUCCUUCCUUCCCUCCCUCCCUCCCUCCCCCUGCCUACCCCCUAUUUUUUCCCCUCAAGAAGCAAAUUAAUAAUUGUGCUCGUCUCCUCCGCUGCAUGGACUUCAAACUGCAUGAAUUGAAAUGCAAUGAAUAAAGCUCCUUUUUAGAGAA